ACUGGGAACUAAAGUCACUUCGCACGUUGCGUCGAAUUUACGUUCUAGAGAUAAAAAGGUUGUGAAAAAAGCUCAGGAUUUCGACCAUUUUUAUCUGGUCGAAGUCGAGCAUUGUGCAGCCAAAAUGGCGGCCGUUAUGGGACAUAAUCCUGAUCUAAUGGACGAGAAGCUACAGGAAAAAGCUCGCAAAUGGCAGCAGCUACAGUCCAAGAGAUACAGCGAGAAGCGCAAGUUUGGCUUUGUGGAGGCACAGAAAGAAGACAUGCCUCCAGAACAUGUCAGAAAGAUUAUCCGUGACCAUGGAGAUAUGUCCAGUAGGAAAUAUCGCCAUGACAAGAGAGUGUACUUGGGAGCUCUGAAGUACAUGCCUCAUGCAGUCCUGAAAUUACUGGAGAACAUGCCAAUGCCGUGGGAGCAGAUUCGUGAUGUCAAAGUUCUAUACCACAUCACUGGAGCCAUCACCUUUAUAAAUGAGAUUCCUUGGGUUGUAGAACCAAUCUACAUGGCUCAGUGGGGAACAAUGUGGAUUAUGAUGCGUCGUGAAAAGAGAGAUCGUCGUCACUUCAAAAGAAUGAGAUUCCCUCCCUUUGAUGAUGAAGAACCACCUCUAGACUAUGCGGACAACAUCCUUGACGUUGAACCACUGGAACCUAUACAACUAGAGCUUGAUCCAGGUGAAGAUGCUGCUGUCUGUGAAUGGUUCUAUGAUCACAAGCCACUGGCAGAAACAAAGUAUUUAAAUGGAACAUCAUACCGACGGUGGAAUCUCACACUACCUGUCAUGGCAACACUCUAUCGUCUUGGCAACCAGCUGUUAUCUGAUCUAGUUGAUGAAAACUACUUCUACCUGUUUGAUUUGAAAGCCUUCUUCACAGCUAAAGCUUUGAACGUCUGUAUACCUGGUGGUCCAAAGUUUGAGCCUCUGGUGAGAGAUUUCACCAUCCAUGAAGAAGACUGGAAUGAAUUUAAUGACAUUAACAAGAUUAUCAUUCGACAACCCGUCAGAACAGAAUACAGGAUUGCAUUUCCAUAUCUUUAUAAUAGCUUGCCUUUCAAAGUUCAGUUGCCAUGGUACCAUAGGGUUAGUGUUGUGUACAUCAAGACAGAGGACCCUGAUCUUCCUGCAUUCUACUUUGAUCCUCUCAUCAAUCCAAUCUCUCACAGACAUGCUGUUAAGGCCCAUGAACCUCUUCCUGAUGAUGAUGACAGUUUUGAACUCCCUGACGACAUCCAGCCAUUCCUACAAGACAGACCAUUGUAUACUGAUAAUACUGCUCAUGGUAUUGCUCUUCUCUGGGCACAAAGACCUUUUAACUUGAGGUCUGGGCGCUGUAGGCGAGCCAUGGAUGUACCUCUAGUUAAAUCAUGGUACAGAGAACAUUGCCCAUCAGGACAUCCAGUCAAAGUGAGAGUGUCUUACCAGAAGCUUUUGAAAUGUUACGUCCUAAACGCACUGAAGCACAGACCACCAAAGGCACAGAAGAAAAGGUAUUUGUUCCGUUCAUUCAAAGCCACAAAGUUUUUCCAGUCUACGACUCUAGACUGGGUGGAAGCUGGUCUACAGGUCUGUCGUCAAGGUUACAACAUGUUGAACCUCUUAAUCCACCGUAAGAACCUCAACUACCUUCAUCUGGAUUACAACUUCAACUUGAAGCCCAUCAAGACCUUGACCACCAAGGAACGUAAGAAGUCUAGGUUUGGUAAUGCUUUCCAUCUGUGCCGUGAGAUUCUCAGGCUCACUAAGCUGAUCGUGGACUCUCAUGUGCAGUACAGACUUGGUAAUGUGGAUUGCUAUCAGCUUGCUGAUGGUCUGCAGUACAUGUUUUCUCAUGUUGGUCAGCUAACAGGCAUGUACCGUUACAAGUACAAACUGAUGAGACAAAUCAGGAUGUGCAAGGAUCUGAAGCAUCUCAUCUAUUACCGAUUCAACACUGGAGCUGUUGGCAAGGGUCCAGGGUGUGGAUUUUGGGCCCCAGGCUGGCGUGUGUGGCUGUUCUUCCUCCGUGGUAUUGUACCACUCCUGGAAAGAUGGCUUGGCAACCUGUUGGCCAGGCAGUUUGAAGGCAGACACUCCAAGGGAGUGGCCAAGACAGUCACUAAGCAGCGUGUGGAGAGUCAUUUUGAUUUGGAGUUGCGUGCAGCUGUAAUGCACGAUAUUCUGGACAUGAUGCCUGAAGGGAUCAAGCAGAACAAGGCUAGAACUAUCUUACAGCAUCUCAGCGAGGCCUGGAGAUKCUGGAAGGCCAAUAUUCCAUGGAAGGUGCCAGGUCUGCCCAUUCCAAUUGAGAACAUGAUCCUGCGUUAUGUCAAGGCCAAAGCAGAUUGGUGGACCAACACRGCUCACUACAACAGGGAGCGUAUUCGCCGUGGAGCGACAGUAGACAAGACUGUGUGUAAGAAGAAUCUGGGUAGACUGACCAGGUUGUACCUGAAGGCUGAACAAGAGAGACAGCACAACUACUUGAAGGAUGGUCCAUACAUCUCAGCAGAAGAAGCUGUAGCCAUCUACACCACCACGGUCCAUUGGCUGGAGAGCAGGAGGUUCUCUCCCAUCCCCUUCCCUCCACUCUCCUACAAACAUGACACCAAGCUGCUGAUCCUAGCCCUAGAGAGACUCAAGGAGGCAUACAGUGUGAAGAGUCGACUGAACCAGUCUCAACGAGAAGAACUUGGUUUGAUUGAACAGGCCUAUGAUAACCCUCACGAGGCACUCAGCAGAAUCAAGCGUCAUCUCCUCACACAGAGAGCUUUCAAAGAGGUUGGUAUUGAGUUCAUGGAUCUUUACAGYCAUCUCAUACCUGUCUAUGAUGUGGAACCACUAGAGAAGAUAACAGAUGCCUACCUGGAUCAAUAUCUUUGGUAUGAGGCAGACAAGCGCAGGUUAUUCCCCCCUUGGAUCAARCCAUCAGACACAGAACCACCUCCGUUACUAGUCUAUAAAUGGUGUCAAGGUAUCAACAACUUGCAAGACGUGUGGGAAACAUCAGAAGGAGAAUGUAACGUGAUGAUGGAAUCCAAGUUUGAGAAGCUCUAUGAGAAGAUUGACUUGACGCUGCUCAACAGACUGUUGCGUCUGAUUGUCGAUCAUAAUAUUGCUGAUUACAUGACAGCUAAGAACAAUGUGGUCAUCAACUACAAGGAUAUGAACCAUACUAAUUCCUAUGGAAUCAUCCGUGGUCUUCAGUUUGCAUCAUUCAUUGUCCAGUAUUACGGUCUUGUACUGGAUUUACUUGUGCUGGGUCUACAGCGAGCUAGUGAGAUGGCUGGUCCACCACAGAUGCCUAAUGAUUUCUUAACAUUCCAAGAUGUAGAUACUGAAUCUCGGCAUCCAAUCAGGCUGUACUCUCGUUACAUUGACAGGAUACAUGUGUUCUUCAGGUUCACAGCAGAAGAGGCUCGUGAUCUGAUCCAGCGCUACCUCACAGAACAUCCUGACCCUAACAACGAGAACAUUGUGGGUUACAACAACAAGAAAUGCUGGCCACGUGAUGCACGAAUGCGCCUCAUGAAGCAUGAUGUCAACCUUGGUCGUGCMGUGUUCUGGGACAUCAAGAAUCGUCUUCCGCGGUCUGUCAGUACAUUACUAUGGGAGAACAGCUUUGUGUCUGUGUAUAGUAAGGAUAACCCUAACCUGCUGUUCAAUAUGAGUGGAUUUGAGUGUCGUAUUCUGCCCAAGUGUCGCACAACCUUUGAGGAGUUCACACACAAGGAUGGUGUAUGGAACUUGCAAAACGAAGUUACCAAGGAGCGAACAGCCCAGUGUUUCUUACGUGUAGAUAACGAGUCACUAGGGCGUUUCCAUAAUCGUGUCCGUCAGAUCCUCAUGGCGUCAGGAUCAACUACAUUCACCAAGAUCGUCAACAAGUGGAACACAGCACUGAUUGGAUUGAUGACGUACUUCAGAGAAGCUGUUGUCAAUACCCAGGAACUGCUAGACUUACUGGUCAAGUGCGAAAACAAGAUCCAAACCCGUAUCAAGAUUGGUCUAAACUCUAAGAUGCCCAGUCGUUUCCCCCCAGUAGUGUUCUAUACACCCAAAGAAUUGGGUGGCUUGGGUAUGUUGUCUAUGGGUCACGUACUCAUCCCACAGUCUGACCUCAGAUGGUCACAGCAGACAGACGUAGGUAUCACUCAUUUCCGGUCCGGUAUGAGUCACGAUGAAGAUCAAUUGAUCCCUAACUUGUACAGGUACAUCCAGCCUUGGGAGAGCGAGUUUAUUGAUUCUCAGAGAGUCUGGGCUGAGUAUGCGCUUAAACGUCAAGAAGCUAACGCCCAAAACAGACGUUUGACCCUAGAGGAUCUUGAGGACUCUUGGGAUCGUGGUAUUCCUCGUAUCAAUACACUGUUCCAGAAAGACAGACAUACUCUUGCUUACGACAAGGGAUGGAGAGUUAGAACKGAUUUCAAACAAUAUCAGGUCUUGAAGCAGAAUCCAUUCUGGUGGACACACCAGCGCCACGACGGUAAGCUAUGGAACCUGAACAACUACCGCACAGACAUGAUCCAAGCUCUAGGAGGUGUGGAAGGAAUCCUGGAACACACGCUGUUCAAGGGGACCUACUUCCCCACGUGGGAGGGUCUGUUCUGGGAGAAGGCUAGUGGUUUUGAGGAAUCCAUGAAGUGGUCACCUACUAUCAACAGGGCUAACGUGUAUGUUGGAUUUCAAGUGCAGCUUGAUCUGACGGGUAUCUUUAUGCACGGUAAAAUCCCUACACUCAAGAUCUCACUCAUCCAGAUCUUCAGGGCUCAUCUUUGGCAGAAGGUUCACGAGAGCGUCGUGAUGGAUCUCUGUCAGGUAUUUGACCAAGAGCUGGAUGCUCUAGAGAUCGAGACGGUACAGAAAGAGACUAUUCAUCCACGUAAAUCGUACAAGAUGAACAGCUCGUGUGCCGAUAUUCUKCUGUUCGCUGCUUAUAAGUGGAACAUCUUCAAACCUUCCCUUCUCGCYGACUCCAAUGAYAUGAUGGAUGGAUCUGUCAGCCAGAAGUACUGGGUGGACGUACAGUUACGAUGGGGUGACUACGAUUCCCACGAUAUCGAACGAUAUGCACGUGCUAAGUUCCUGGACUACACCACAGAUAAUAUGAGUAUCUACCCCUCCCCUACUGGGGUACUGAUUGCCCUUGAUCUGGCUUACAAUCUUCACAGUGCCUUUGGUAACUGGUUCCCUGGCAUCAAGCCCUUGAUACAACAAGCGAUGGCUAAGAUCAUGAAGGCUAACCCUGCCYUGUAUGUCCUGAGAGAACGUAUCCGUAAAGCACUCCAGUUGUACUCCAGUGAGCCUACUGAACCGUACCUGUCGUCACAGAACUAUGGAGAACUKUUCUCUAACCAGAUUAUCUGGUUUGUCGAUGAUACUAAUGUCUAUCGUGUCACGAUUCAUAAGACCUUUGAGGGUAAUCUCACUACCAAACCCAUCAAUGGCGCCAUCUUCAUCUUCAAUCCUCGUACAGGACAGCUUUUCUUGAAGAUCAUCCACACCUCUGUCUGGGCUGGCCAGAAACGUUUGGGACAGCUCGCGAAAUGGAAGACAGCCGAAGAAGUAGCUGCGUUGAUUCGUUCCCUUCCCGUAGAAGAACAACCCAAGCAGAUUAUUGUCACAAGGAAAGGAAUGUUGGACCCUCUCGAGGUUCAUCUUCUUGAUUUCCCUAACAUCGUCAUCAAAGGUAGUGAGUUACAACUACCUUUCCAGGCCUGCCUCAAGGUGGAGAAGCUGGGAGAUAUGAUCCUCAAAGCCACCGAACCUCAGAUGGUACUAUUCAACCUGUACGAUGAUUGGCUCAAGACUAUCUCGUCCUACACCGCAUUCUCUCGUCUGAUCCUGAUCCUUAGAGCUUUGCACGUCAAUGCUGAUCGCACCAAGGUCAUCCUUAAACCAGACAAGACCAUCAUUACUGAACCACAUCAUAUCUGGCCUUCAUUGUCAGAUGAAGAAUGGGUGAGCGUUGAAGUGCAGCUGAAGGAUCUUAUCUUGGCUGAUUAUGGCAAGAAGAACAAUGUGAACGUGGCUUCAUUGACGCAGUCCGAGAUUCGUGACAUCAUUCUUGGUAUGGAGAUCUCUGCUCCUUCACAACAACGACAACAAAUCGCCGAGAUCGAAAAACAGACGAAAGAACAAUCCCAACUGACAGCAACUACAACACGCACGACGAACAUCCACGGUGACGAGAUCAUCGUGUCGACCACCAGUAACUACGAGACUAACACCUUCUCGUCCAAGACCGAGUGGCGUGUCAGGGCCAUAUCAGCUACCAACCUCCAUCUUCGUACUAACCACAUCUAUGUGUCGUCUGAUGAUAUCAAGGAGACUGGAUUCACAUAUAUUCUGCCGAAGAAUGUGUUGAAGAAGUUCAUUGUUAUAUCUGAUCUCAGGACUCAGAUAUCUGGCUAUCUGUAUGGCGUAAGUCCUCCAGAUAAYCCACAAGUCAAGGAGAUACGAUGCAUUGUGAUGGUCCCUCAGUGGGGCACACAUCAGACUGUCCACCUGCCGAAUAUGUUACCACAGCACGACUACCUUAAAGAAGUGGAACCCCUUGGAUGGAUUCACACACAGCCUAACGAACUGCCUCAGUUGGGCCCUCAGGAUGUUACAACGCAUGCCAAGAUCAUGGCUGACAAUCCAUCCUGGGAUGGUGAGAAGACGGUCAUUAUCACUUGCAGUUUCACGCCAGGAUCAUGCUCACUAACAGCUUACAAGUUGACUCCAUCUGGUUAUGACUGGGGUCGUAAUAACAAGGAUACUGGUAACAACCCACGUGGAUACCUUCCAUCUCAUUACGAGAAGGUACAGAUGCUCCUGUCUGAUCGCUUCCUUGGGUUCUUCAUGGUUCCUGCUCAAGGCUCUUGGAACUAUAACUUCAUGGGUGUUCGUCACUCUCCUAACAUGCGUUACGAGCUCCAACUUUCGAACCCUAAAGACUUUUACCACGAGGUACACCGCCCUUCUCAUUUCCUGAACUUCAGCGCGAUGGAAGAGUCAGAGCAGAUCACCGCAGACAGAGAAGACAUGUUUAAUUAAAGGACCUCUAACCUUUACCUUCCAAAAGCCAGUCUGCUUAUUCUAGCACCUCCAAUAAUCGGCUCGUCAAUUCUGAAGAUGGUUUACUCCACUAGGAAUGUUUAAAGGACAAACUUACAGAAAAUGUUCGUUCUUCUCGUAACUUUACCCUCACCCCAUUUGCCACUUUCCAAUUAGUCGUCAAACAUAUUGUUAACGUAAAAUAGUAAAGGCUUGAAUUGCAAGCAGAAAAAUGUUGAAGUUAAUUGCUCUGUGUGUGUAUCCUUAAACUUUGUACAUACGAUACUGAGGAAUGUGAACUUUUUUACCAAGUAGUAAGUUUUAUUGCCAUUGAACAUUACAUUGUUUUGUGUUAUUGCUAAGCAACUAUAGCGUGGUGCUACCUAACACACGAUAAACUUUCAGUCCAAUUUAGCUUCUCGUAUCAUUGCAAAGGACUCGCUGUUAAGGCGUGCCUACCGUAUUGUAUGAUCACUGAUGUUGUGUGCAGUGAUUGGCUGAAAGUAUAGUCAAUUUGCUUACCGUACAGUUUUAAGAGGCAUACUAAAACUGUAGUUCUCAAGACUUAGAGACGAGUGUAGUUCUGAAAUUCAUUAAUUAACAUUUUGUAUUUA